CCAACCCCACCUAACGGCUGCCGCCGCCCAACCAUCGAAGCGGCUGCCGCACCCGCACAAGGCGACGAAGCGCCGCACCAGCUCACGCCCCACGCGUCCGCGCUCCAGGGCCCCCGCCCUGCAUGGCGGCAUGACGCCCCACGCCUACUUCUUCGCUCCACCCCGCGCCCGCGCCGCUCUCCCACACAGCAGCGUUCCUACCUUCCCUCCGCUGGCAGCGCGACGUGCGGUCGGGCGAGAUGGCGGCGCGACGGUGCUUCGUGUUGCUCGUGCUGGUGCUGGCCGCCGCGGGGGCGGUGGCAGGAGCGAAGAAGGAGGGGUGGGACCCGGUGAUUCGGUUGCCGGGGGAGAAGGAGCCUGCCGGGCCGCACCGCGGCGAGGGCCUUGGUGAGGAGGAGGAUGACGGCGUCGGGACGAGGUGGGCGGUGCUCGUCGCCGGCUCCUCUGGUUACGGGAACUACAGGCACCAGGCUGAUAUAUGCCAUGCAUACCAGAUAUUGCGGAAGGGAGGGCUAAAAGAGGAGAACAUUGUAGUGUUUAUGUAUGAUGACGUUGCCAAUAGUGCACUCAACCCAAGGCCGGGGGUAAUCAUCAACCAUCCGGAGGGUGAAAAUGUUUAUGCUGGUGUUCCGAAGGAUUACACUGGGAACCAAGUCACUACUGAAAACUUCUAUGCGGUUCUCUUGGGCAACAGAACUGCAGUCACUGGAGGCAGUAGGAAGGUCAUUGAUAGCAAACCGGAUGACCAUAUUUUUAUCUAUUACUCCGAUCAUGGGGGUCCUGGUGUUCUUGGUAUGCCCAUUCUGCCAUAUCUUUAUGCUGGUGACUUUAUGAAGGUUUUAAAAGAAAAACAUGCUUCCAACAGCUAUGCAAAAAUGGUUAUAUAUGUGGAAGCAUGCGAAAGUGGCAGUAUAUUUGAGGGGCUAAUGCCAGAAGACCUUAAUAUAUAUGUCACAACAGCAUCCAAUGCAGAAGAAAGUAGUUGGGGUACAUACUGCCCAGGAAUGCAACCAUCGCCUCCAUCCGAGUUCAUUACCUGCCUAGGUGAUCUUUAUAGUGUCUCUUGGAUGGAAGACAGUGAGACGCACAAUCUGAAGGAGGAAACAAUUGAGGAACAGUAUGAAGUGGUGAAGGAGCGUACCUCGGAUUCGAACAACUAUGGUGUGGGUUCUCAUGUUAUGGAGUAUGGGGAUAAGACCUUUAAGGGCGAAAAGCUUUACCUUUAUCAAGGUUCUAAUCCUGCAAAUGCCAAUGUUACAAAUAAGCUACUUUGGCAAGGCCAAAAGGCUGCAGUCAACCAAAGAGAUGCGGAUAUUCUUUUCCUUUGGAAGAGGUAUGAGCUGUUACAUGAAAAAUCUAAAGAGAAGCUGGGAAUUCUGAGGAAGAUCAGUGAGACAGUGAUGCAUAGGAAGCAUCUCGACAACAGCGUCGAUUUUAUCGGAAAGCUUCUCUUUGGGUUUGAGAAUGGGCCUUCAACGCUUCAAGCCGUUAGACCUUGUCAGCCAGUUGUUGAUGAUUGGGGUUGUUUGAAGCGAAUGGUACGGAUCUUCGAAUCCCAUUGUGGAUCGCUCACUCAGUACGGUAUGAAGCACAUGCGGGCAUUCGCAAACAUAUGCAACAGCGGCGUUACUGACACCGCGAUGAAGCAAGCAAGCAUCGAUGCUUGCGGCAGUUACAACUCGGCGAGAUGGAGCCCGUUGGUCCAGGGGUACAGCGCUUGAUCUUCUGCAGUUCUGGGGAGCAAUGCUUAAAUGACUAUUACUACUUAGGUCUGCUAUGCCCCAACUUAUAUAAAUGUGUAUGUAGGACUAGUCCCAUCUGUAAAGAACUGCAAGAACUAUACCUGAAUGUGCCCCUGCAUCCUAUGCACUAUACAGUUGUCAUGUAUAUUGAUCGUGUGUUGGUGUAUA